AUGACCAACAAUGACCAACAAAAAGGCAAGUCACCAUCUAUUUCAGCUUGUUCCUUUGCUCAAGCUGUUUCAGCCAUAACAGCAAUCGAACUUCUGGUAGAAACUUGCAAAGCCGCUAGAGACUCGAUAUUUAAUCAUCCACAAUCCACCGAGGAUCCUCCUCCAUUGCCUGUUCUACAUCAAGAUCUACUUUCCUUGUUAUCUCUUGUAUAUGGAUCCGUCACAAAAUUAUCGUUGACUUUGAAGCCAUCUUCUCCUACAUAUUCUGCUUGUUUGGUCCCACUACAAGAUCUAUCAAACUACAUCGCCGCCAUUUCACAUUGCGUCAGUAUGUUUGAUGCUUCCGUUCACGGCGCGACACUCGCCAAAGAAGUGGCUUCAGUGGCGAUUGACGUAGUGGAGACUGUGCAAACUUUGACCACAGUAUUUCUACAGAUCGAAGGUUCUAGUGAACGCUCUAGAACUGGAGAUGAAUACUUGGUGAGAACAGGCGCCGUACACAGCGUAAUAGAUAUAGCACGGCACGCAGAUGGUGGUCUAUCAGAGAAUAAUCUCACUGCUGUCCGCCGGCUUUGGUUCAAGGAUGCCGGUGCGCUUGAGGAUGGCGUAAGAGAAGUAGUCGAAAUGAUUGAGGAUGUACAGUCCGGAAUUACCACAGAAUCUGAAGACGGUUGGGACGAGCUUGGGCUAGAACCCAGUCAGCCUCUCACUGAGCAAGAACUGAAAGUAGCUCAAAAGGUCCUCAUAGUUUUACGACUGUGCAAUAUCCUUCACCAAAGGGUGAUAUCUGAUAUAUUGUCCACACCUACUUUACUAUCGAAUUCUUCCUUGGACGAUCUUGCACCGUUGUCUCCUGCCCUCCUUGGCACGGUAGAUGAACUCAUUUCCGCUUUGGAUUCUCCUCAGGAUCUGGAUUCUGUUACAACAGAACUAAAUAUGCUGAAGGGGGUCAUUGAUAACAUUCGGAAUCGAUUGUCAGUUCUGAAUAAUCAACCCGUCUCGUUAGUCACCUUACUGCAAAAGACCUCUUUGAAUGAGGUUACUGUAUCCACCAAUCGAAAUUCGAGGGACGGGUGGUUCAAUGCCUGCUUUGACCAAAUAGCUAAAGCAAUACAUUCUGCCGCGGAAGCAUCGAAUUAG